AUGGAAUGGCUGCCAGAGGGCCUGCUUGGGGCUGAGGGGGACAUGGGGCUUCUCUGGGGCCAGUUGACCCAUGCCCUGGCCUGCAGGCACUGUGGCAGCAGCUGCCUCCUGAGUCCAGGGAACCUGAUAACACUAUUCUUGUUCGUGGUUUGGCAGAUCCAGAGGUGGUGGCAGCUUGGGAGAUGGCGACAGCUUCAGCCCUGGUACUCUGGGGACAAGAUGCAAGGCAAGGGCCUACCACUUCUGUACCGCGUGGCUUUCCUUGAUCGCCUGUGGAAGCAGAAGUCAGGGGAGGAAGAAGAAGAGGAGGAGGAGGAAGAAGAGGAGGCACCUCUGGAUCCACUGAAGCCAUGUUCUCUUCCCAAAGAAGCUCCUAUUGGAGAACAAGCCACCACAGCCCCAUCCCAGCCAUCCUGUGAUUCUGAGGGCCUCCACAAGGCCGUAGGGACACUAGAGCAAGUACUCACGCAGACCCCAAACCCUUCCAGAUCCUUCCCCACCUUUCAGAUCUUGACCAACCUGCCUGUGAGGCACAAGACAGCAUCAGGGAGCCACCUACAGCAGAGAAAAAGCCAGCUCUUCUGGGGUCUCCCCUCUCUGCACAGUGAGUCCUUGGAGGCCAUCUUCCUGAGCUCAGGUGGCCUCUCUCCCCUGAAGUUGUCUGUCAGUCCUUCUGUCUUCUUUAACAAGUUUGCCUUCCUGCCUAGAACCCCAGUAUUGCUGCUUCCCCAGUAUUGCUCCCCAACCCCACUUCCUACACAUGAAGUCCAUACUACAGAAGAUCUGGAAGGAAUGGCCUCUGACCCUCAGCAACUACCCUCCCCAUCUUCCCCUCCUGUCCCAUCACUUCCCCUCCAUCUUAAAUCCUUUCCCAUGGACCAUAAGAGAGUCCUAUCUGGCACUGAGGCAAAUACACAGUGGCUUACACAGCAGAGAGAGGGAGUCAGCCCUAUAGGAGGCCUCUCUGGACCUGAGGCCCUCUGGGAAACCACAAGGCAAAGAGAGAAUCCUCGGAUCUCUGAGCCUCCGACCUCAGUCCCUUGCCAAUCUGUAGCCCCCAUGGCAGAGCCUCAAGGAACCAGCACCCUGGAAGUUCCACCUGUAUAUGAGACUCAGUGGGGAACCACAGGACAUAAAGAGAGUACUCAAGCCUUUCAGCCCCCAACGCCAGCCCCCUGCCCUCCCCCACAUCCCCUGCCAGAACUCCAGGGAGGCAGUCCCCUGGGAGAUCCAUCUGGAUAUGAGCCCCAGUGGAGAUGCAGAGAAAAUUCAACAAACCUUUGGGCCUUUGAGCCCCCAGCCUUGGACGUCGACCCAGGACUCCAUGGAACCAUGCCUGCAUGUGUCCCAUCAGGAUCUGAGACUCCGUGGAAGGGCACGCAGAGUAGAGAAAAUCUUUGGGUCUCUGCAGACCCAGUUUCAUCUCCCAGCCUUCCCUCGGCCUCUCUGCUGGAGUCCCUAGGAACGGGUGCCCAGGCAGUCUUGUCUGAGUCCAAAGCUUUGUGGGAGGCCAUGAGGCAGACAGACAACCUCUGGACCUCAGAAUCUCCAGGCCCUGGCCACAGCCCAUCUCUAGCUCCUAUUCUGGAACCCCACAGAAUCCAUCCUGUGGGAGGGCUCACUGGGUCAGAAACUGCAUGGAAGGACACUGUUCAUUCCCGGAAUUCCUGGGCUUUUGAAUCGCCAUCUCUGGCCUUCAGCCCACCCACUCUUCUUGUACUGGAUUCCCUCAGAGCUAGCCCUAUGGGGGUCCUGUUUGAUUCUGAAGCUACAUGUGGGGACAUAGAAAGGAGAAAGAACUCCUGGGCCUCUGAGCUCCCAGCUUGCAGCUUACCCCAAGACCCACGUGGAGCCAACCCCUUGGGAGUCCAGUCUGACUCUGAGCCUACUGGGGGGGACAUGGAGCAGAAAGAAACCUGUUGUGUUCCUGUGUCCCCAUUGUGGGGUCCCAGCCCACGCCCAAACUCUAUGUCAAAGUCUCACACAAGUGAGCCUAUUGGAGACCAAUGCAACUGUAAACCUGAGGGGGAAACAGUGGAGCAGAGAGAGAACUGCUGGACCAUUGAACUCCCAGCCCCAACCCCCAGGUCACUCUCGGCUCCUCUACCAGAUCCACACAUUGACCUUGAGUUUGUGUGGAGGAAUGUACAACAAAGAGGGAUCCCCCAGGACCCCAGCCUUCCAGCAGUGGAUCCCCUCCAGCCAAUACCCUGGUCUCCCACCCAAGCUGAAGCUCUGGAGAUUGAGUCCAACCAGCCUGGCCUACCCAAGGGAGAGCUGCUCCCAGGGGCUAAGGCGGAGACUCCAUCCUCCCAGGGUGAGGCUGUCCCAAAGGUGCCCACCCACUCUGAGAUCCAGGCCUGGCACUGGAGUAAAGAGUUGGAACUCAGGCUGAAGAAACUACAGCAGAGCCCUGCUUCCAGAUCUCUUGGCCCAAGUCAAUCAUUUGGCAGCUCCCCUGCCCUGAGCUCCACAACUCAAGCCACCCGGAGACUCUCUUCUUGCCCACCACAGCAGAUUCAUCCCCUCAGUCUGUGCCCCAACUCUUCAAGGUGUCAUCCCCCCAAACCUCAGAGCACAGUAACUCAGCCUGUCCAGGUCCCCCACUGUUAUCACUCCCACUCCUCUAUCCAACCUCAGCUGUGGAAGUCUGGCAGGGCAGAACAAGGGUCUCAGAAAGAGCAAAGAAUGAACGUGAAGAUGGUGUCCCAGAUCUCAUCCCAGGGGUCAUGUGUUCACUGCCCAGGCCUGGAAGAGCCCUCAUACCCUGAGGUUCCAGCCUCAGGCAAGAGACAGGACAAGGCUUCAGCCCUAUCUUCAGCCAAAAAGAGAGAGAGCCCCAGGAAACCCAAAGAAGGAGACCACGGAGAAGGGGAUGCAAAAUUGGGGUCAACCACAGUUACAGGGAAAAGCCACCUAGCCCAGGCCAGACUAGCAGAGGUCCCUGUAAGCAGACUUUCGCAAAGAUCUCAGCACAGGGACCAGAGCUCUCGACACACUGCUCUCGCCCUGCAGCCUCACUCCAAGGCUUCAGGUUCCCAAGAUCAGAGAGGGGCAAGGCUGGGAGCUGGUGACACCCUGGCCCCUCGGCACUGUAAGCACUGCCCUUGGGCCCAGAAGCGUCUUUCCUCCCCCACACCUCAGGCUCCCCUUACCAGGGGUCUCCAAAGCAUGUUAGCCAAAUUUCUGGGUACCCAUGGACCCCUGCCCACCAAAUCCAGUCAGCAGAGAAAAGGCUGGUAG